AGCCGCUUCCUGAGCGGCCGCGGCUCCUAUGAGGGCUUGUGAUGCAGUCGGUCUCCGUGCCCGAGGCGGGCUGGACUGAUCCGUGGGGCCGCGGAGGGCCUGCUCUGACCGAGGGGCGUCAGGCAGACACAGCGGGCGGUGUUUGAAGAUGGCCUUAAACUACGCGUCCCUGUGCGCCGGCGAUCACGGGAACAUGGUGGCCUACCGCUCUUCCCACGGCGACCUCGGCCCGUCGGCCUUGGCGUUGGUGUCCGGAGACAGCCUCCUCGUGGCCGGGCCCGCGACGACUCUCCCGGGCCCGACUCCUCGGCUGGCCGCACGGCCGAGCGUCCGGAGCGACAGCCGUCGGGCGGCAGGUGGCGGCUGGAGCCCCACGCGCUUUGCGAAGGGAAGGGACCCUGGUGGGCGGAGCCGAAGCCGGCAGGCGAGGUUCUCACCGUACCCGACCCCCGGGUUGAAGCUCGACCUCCGGCGGAGCGUGCUGCAGCAGCGCCUGGCCGCGUGCGGAGGGGUCGCCCCAGCCCACCUUCAUGCCUAG